UUACUUUUCUCGUCCUAUUCUUCUAUUUUCUUGCGACCUCGAACCAGUUGCCUGAUUAAAUCAAUCAUCCCACGAAGCAAGCGAGGGGUUUCACCUUUGCUACUUCAACAACACCACAUCAUACCACCCUUGCGGGUUGAAACACGUGCAGCACGAAUCUACAUCGCGCCAUCGAGUCCACAACAAGAGACCAAACAGGAACUCUACAUAAGGCGACCGGAAUUCCUUCCUUGUCUACUAUUAAUAAACCAUUAACUCUACAAAUUUAACCAUCAUACAACUAUCAACAUGUCGAACGAAAACGGACCAUCUAACGACCGCCGUGGCUCUGUUACGUCAGCGGCUUUCUCCAAUCUCUUUCAGCGAAGCAACUCAACAUCAACUGGAAACAAUGGUCGCGAAUCUGUCACAUCGGUCGCAGCUAGAGACCAACGACGACGACUUUCUGUUACCACCAUAGGACUCGGCACUUCUCCCAAUGCUCAAAGUGCCCCGUUUGGGAUCCGACGUGGUAGUAUCUCUACCAACAACUCAGACUCCAUUGACGAAAAUGCUAUCGAUGAUGAGGAAUCUGCUAAGGCAGGCCCUAAUUCUCCAUUCGCUCGUCGAAUGAGUUUCGGUGCCCAGGCCAUGCGCAAUCUGCGUACUGGACCGACUAGUCCUGGAACAGCUGGUAGGCAUUCCCAAGAGUCAAGACGUAUCUCUAAUGGACAUAUACGUGCUCCUCCUACCGGUGCUCCGUCCGCCUCGGCUGCUGCGAGACGGGCAAGCACCUCUCAGGCAAGCCACACAUUUUCUUACAGAAUUCCUUCUGACGUGUAUUCUGCUCGGGCAGACAACGCCUACAAUUGGUCCGAGCAGCUUAGAUCCCGCGCCGAGAGCAGCGUUCAAGGUCACCGACCGUCCUUCGGAGCCGGUAGAUACGGCUCGCCGCCACGCGGCAAUGGCCAACACGAUCGCGCCAAGUCAGUUUCCGAGAUGCCAGCUCCACCUCAGCAGGCUGCUACUGUUAAGCCCAAGCAACCAGAGAGGCCGAAGCCAGACCAUAUGCAAGAACGCAUUCUUAAGGGCGACUUCUAUAUGGACUGAUCGCGCCUAGCUUGUACAAAGGGAAAUACAAAUACCGACACUUUCAAACGAUCCAUCAAACGAUCCAGGGCGGUGUCAACUCUCGAACAACCACCCCAGACAGGCCUUAUGAUUAGGUACUCAUAAGACUGUCAUCUGUUCUAUCUCCUGUAUUUCCUUUGCACUACGUCUCUUCAACUGACGUCAUUCGUUUCGACGACUUCUUUUUACAGCGUUGAGACAGAGAAGUGCGGGGGGGGGCGAGCGGGUAAAUUGUUUUUGCAAAAUAGCUAGCUGGAACGAGAGACGAACAAGGCCCCUUCUGGGGAUGACGUGACAAUUUGGAGAAUUAGAGAUAGUGGCCAAGGGGAGGUCAACUUUGCUAAAUGGCCUGACUGAUUUUUGGAGCCUAAAACAGGCAAUGUUCGGCGUCAAGGAAGAUGGAUUUGAGUUGUACUAGUGAUUAUCAAAGCGCUGCCGAGCUGCGCUUGUAUGAUAUGACGUCGGAUCGGGGCGGUCUUUCUGUUUUUAUGGGAGGACAUCGGACAGGGUAAACGAGUCUAACGAUCAUCGCACAUAUUAUGUACUCGGAGAUCACCAAAACAAUGGGAGCAUCUGACAGGGCGCUAUGAAAAGGAAAAGGCCGCGGUUACUUCCGCGUGUAAGACUUAGUUGAGCUAGCAUAUCAGACUGAGAACCAGAUAUUAAAUCGUUUUAUCACCAUUCAACAUCAUCAUAUUGGU